AUGCCACCACACUGUCUCUCUAUCAAUGGGCCAUUCAUGAUCGUCACUUCAGCGAGGCGAGUAACAGGCCGGGCCUGGACCUCGACCGGUUACAGUUUCAUCCGCCCUCGAAGGUCACAAGAGUACAGCACCGAGGCUAUACCUCAGGAUGAGCAAACGAUCGUGAAGAGGCGCCCGCAGUUUCGCGACUACUUCAUUACCCAUCUGCCGUCGUCCUCUCUCCACCCGGAUCCUCGGGGACCGACCUCGCCCUUUCAUAAACUCCCGCGCUCUGCCUCAGUACCUCACACCGGGGACACGUCUCAAUCGCCGACCCCCUUCCAGGCAUUAGUAGACCGGGAGACAACCGUCGUCCGAAUCCCGCUGCGCAAUGCCAAGCACCACUUCGGAGCCGUCACGGCUCGCGGCACUCGGCCUACAAAUCAAGAUACAUACCAGGCCGGUGUGAUCGAUAUCCCGGCAUUUGCAAAACGGCCCCCUGCGUCACUUACAAUCAAGCGAAACUCUUCGCCGCGCGAGUCGCGGGCGGCAGACACUGCUAACGGGGACCCGCAAGUAUUCUACUUCGGCAUCUUUGACGGGCAUGGCGGGUCCGAGUGCAGCACAUUUCUUAAGGAAAAUUUGCACGAAUAUAUACAGGACGCCGCCGCGGCUUUUGAGGUUGGGUCGAGUCUUCGCACAAAUCAGCAGCAGAUAAGCGGGAGCGAGCAGGCCAUUGGCCCGUUACCGGUGAUGCAAGUGGCCAACCGCCACCGAAUCGGAGAUUUGGAAAAGCAUCUCGUACAGAACUGGAGACGGAUGGUCGGUGGUUACUUCAAGAGAUUCAAGCCGCCUCACUUCUCUUACUAUGGUUCCGAAUCCGCGGAGGCCCCCUCAACGGGUCAUGUCUCUAUUGAGGAAAUCAUGGAAUACGCUUUCCUGCGAGCCGAUCUUGACUUUGUGAAAGCGCAAGCUGCAAAGCGAGAUGACGAUUUGGUACAGGCCGAGAAACCUCUCAAUGAUGACGAGAUUCUUCACAGUCCCAGCUUAACCCGGGCUCCGAAGAUUGGCGGCCCUUCUCGAUUCAAGGGCGGAAGCACUGGAAGCGUUGCCAUGAUCUCGACCCCCAGCCCGACUCCCUUCUGGCAUCCCGCCGGUCCCUCAAGCCUGCUCAUCUCGCAUGUCGGCGACACCAGGGUAUUACUAUGCUCUACCGAGAACGGCGAAGCCAUUCCUGUCACCUCCAACCAUCACCCGUCCUCGCCAAUAGAGGCUGGACGACUCCGCCGGUAUGCUGCGACUUUUGUUACCGACUCCUUCGGCGAAGAGCGCAUGAGUGGACUUGCCAAUACCCGCGCCUUUGGAGACGUCCAGUCCAAGCGGAUUGGCGUUUCUGCCGAGCCGGAGCUCCGUCGCAUUGAAAUGGGUGCCGCCGAGUACUCAUUCCUGGUCAUGGUAUCCGACGGUAUCGGUGGCACUCUUCUCGAUCAGGAAGUUGUCGACAUUAUCAAGGAAGCCCGGACACCCGAACAAGGCGCUCGCGACGUAGUCAGCUUUGCCACCGAGGUUAGCAAGGAUGGUGAUAAUUCCACCUGUCUGGUCAUUCGCCUUGGUGGAUGGGAGCGCCGACAAGAGGGAGGCGUUGGCAGUCUGGGAACGAAGGAGUCCCGCGAGUGGCGCCGACAGGAUGCCACCGAUCCGCGCAGGUCACGGACGUGA